AUGUCAUUCUUGAAUUCUACAGAAAUACAGAACAACAGCUCCACACCAAUAAAAACAUACUCAAGCUAUGAAGGCGAUGAAAGUUUAACUUGGAAAUUGCUUAAGAGCGUAGCGUUGGGUGUUUUGAUUUUGAUGUCGCUGGUAGGGAAUUCUUUGGUCGUUGGGUCAGUCGUCAGGAACUGUAAUAAAAGAAUGAGGACAGUAAGCAACCUGCUUAUAGUCAACACUAGUCUUUCAUAUCUUCUCAUUACCGUAGUCAACAUGCCAGAAUUGAUCUACCGCAUCAAUGCGACCAAACCCUUGCUCAUCGCUGGAGAGGUUGGCUCCCACCUUUGUAGAUUAAAGAACUUUGCUCCAUUCUUAUCAGUGUCUUUGGCGACCCAGAGUUUUGCAAUCCUAGCUGUGGAUAGGUUCAUAGCAGUAUUUUAUCCGUUGAGACGAAUUAACCAUAAAACGGCCUACGUUCUUAUUGCAUUAACAUGGGUUACAUCGUUCGCAUUUGGUUGGGUUUAUAUUUAUGGAAGUGCCUUGAUCACCUUUCCAAAAAUUGGCAUCGUCUGCGCUAUUAACAUCAGGAAAUCUUUCAACAGUCUCAGAGGUCUUGUCACAUAUGUUUGGGUCGAGUUUUCCUUCUUCUACAUGGUUCCUCUAGUUUUGGCCAGUGGUUUAUACACUUCCACAAUUAUCCGUCUUUGGAGGCCAAAGAUCAAUCGUAAAACCAGAGGACCUUUUGCAGUUCGUUUUUCAGGCAACACCAACAAGAACGCCAUCAAAAUGUUGAUAACUGUUCUAAUCUUGUUUUCGAUUGCUUGGCUUCCUCUGUGGGUCUAUACCGUGACUUGCCGUGGUAAUUUCACGAACUUUCUUGGCCAUCCAAUCUGUAAAUCAGGACUUUUCAUUUUCCUGAUAUAUUUUAUUGGUUAUUCUCAAGGAGCUCUUGCUCCUUUCAUCUAUCCUAUAUUUAGUCAGAACUUUAGAAUGGGUUUUAAGGAUUGUCUCUCAUUUCUGAAGCGAUGUACGAAUCGUCAUGUAAAUAAUGGAGCAUCAGUAUUGGAAAUGAGAACCCUGCCCACAAAAACUGGCCAUGGGAAGUGUGACAGCCGUGGGGUGACUAAUUUAUCAAUGGAUUUGAUGUAA